ACGAAGAAGAGACAUUUAAUUGUAAUGUAUAGUAAUCUUGAAGUGCUUAAUACAAUAGCCACAAAUUUAAAUUUAAACGUACCAGUGGUACAAUUAAACGCUGGUCCGGAUUUACAAAAUAAAUUUACUGCAAACAACAUGCCAUUAGAGUGCAAUUUACAUGUACAAGUCGCACAAAAUUCUAGUACGGAGCUACAAAAUGAAUCUACUUCAAACAACAUGUUACCAGAGUGCUAUUUACAUGUUCCAAUCGUACAUAAUUCUAGUAUAGAGAUACAAAAUAAUUCUACUUCGAAUGACGUGAUAUCAGAAGGCAAUUUACAUGUACAAGUUACACAAAAUUCUAGUACGGAGCUACAAAAUGAAUCUACUUCAAACAUGUUACCAGAGUGCCAUUUACAUGUUCCAAUCGUACAUAAUUCUAGUAUGGAGAUACAAAAUAACUCUACCUCGAAUGACGUGAUAUCAGAAUGCAAUUUACAUAUACAAGUCAUACAAAAUUCUAGUAUGGAGAUACAAAAUGACCCUACCUCAAAUGAGGUGUUAUCAAAGGGCAAUGUUCAUGUGCAGUUGUACAAAAUGCUAGUAAGGAGCUACCAAAUGACUCUAUUUUAAACGACAUGUUAUCAGAGUGCAAUAUACAUGUACCAGUUAUACAAAAUGCUAGUACGGAGCUACAAAACGACUCUACCUCAAACGACAUGCUAUCAGAGUGCAAUAUUUAUGUGCCAGUUUUACAAAACGCUAGUUUGGAUCUAGAAAACGAAUUUACCUCAAAUGACAUGCUGUCAGAGUGCUCUUUAAAUGUGUCAACCAUAAGAAAUGUUAGUACGGAGUUAGAAAAUGAAUCUGCCUCAAACAACAUGCUAUCAGAAUGCAAUCUAUAUGUGCCAGUUAUACAGAACGUUAAUACAGAGCUAAAAUGAAUCUGUCUCAAACGACAUACUAUCAGAAUGUAAUCUACAUCAGGAUAUAUUAAAUCCAUCAGAAACAUCUAUUGAUAAUUUUACAUUAAAUACUAAUUUUGAUCAAACAGUAACUAUUUUAUUUGAUGAAUUGAAUGAUUUAGGGAUAUCUCCGAAUAAUAUGUUAAACUAUUCUAAUGAAGAUGAAAAUAAUGUAUCUAAGAAUCUCAAUCAAUCCUGCAAUGUGGAUAAUUUAUGGAAA